UGGAGAAACCCUAUGAGCCGCCCUCGCCUCUCCUUCUCUCCAACCCUCGUCACCUACCCGCGUGGCGCCUCUACACCACCGGACCACCUCUCGAGCCCUCGUCAACGCCGCGGGCAGCGCCUCUCCUCCACCUCUAUAGCCCUCGUCACCUCCGCGCAUAGAGACUCAUAAAGCCCCUCCCUCGAAUUCUCGCAGUUGCCGUCUUUGUCAUCAUGCUCCACCUCUCAUCACCUCAAUUUCAUCCUCUUACAAGCCUCAUGCCGGCGAAAAUCUCAACCCGAUUUUCUGCAACCUAAGGUUAGACAAGCUUCGCCACCAAAAAUCUAGUUCGGCCGUGUCCAGGCAUGUCGAGAGGUGUCCAAUCGUAUGAGAGGGUGUCGGAUACGGUGUCCGACCGUGUCGACCGCGUAUCCGUGUCGGACACCGGCACGACACCGGUUUGAAUUUCAGGUUUCAAGUCUAGAAGAAUCAUAUCUUAUGUUUCUAAUUUGAGAAAGAAAAGAAUGAUGCGGGACAAAGAUGAGCCUUCAGCUGUUCGUGUUUAUACUGUUUGUGAUGAGUCCAGGUACCUCAUUGUGCGGAAUGUUCCAGCAUUAGGAUGUGGUGAUGAGCUUUGCAAUUUGUUCAGAUCAUAUGGAGAGGUGGAAGAGUGCAAACCAAUGGAUGCGGAGGACUGUGAGGCCUUUACAGAUGUGUACUGGAUCAAAUUUUUGCAAGUCAAUAGUGCGAGGAUUGCAAAGAGAAAAUUGGAUGAAUCUGUCUUUCUCGGGAACCGACUACAUGUAUCAUAUGCACCUGAGUUUGAGUCCCCAUCAGAUACAAAGGAGAAAUUGGAAGGCCGUAAAAAGGAAGUCAUCAACCGUGUAAAAUCUUCUAGAGAUAAUUCAGGUCAGCACAGGAGAAGGGAAACUGCAAGCCGAACACCUAAUACUGAAAAUUCUAUUAAAAACCAUGUAUCUUCUAACAAGGAUUACUUUUCUUCCUCAUCAAUGAAUGUGACAGUCCAGUUGGUAAGGGACAAACUCGAGAAGAUUCAAUCAAGUAGUGACCAUCUACAAGCCGAACCAUCGUCCAAGAGACCACAAAUUGACAAUAGAAGACGAAUCUGAUUGCCGUAUAAAUUCAAGCUCACAAUCAGAACACUAUGACUGACCAAUACAUUGAUCAAAUUGUUGUUUGUCUUUGCUUGUCCACAGUUUUGGUUAAAUCUUUCUGUUGAAAAUAGUCUUUGUAAAAUCUAAUUUUUGUUUAUUAGAUGAAGGUUUUCUUUUGUCUUUGUA